AACUUCACUUCAAGGCAUCAGCAAAUUGAACUCACUCAAUUCAAAAAUCUCAACGACAUAACCUAACAUACGCACGAACCGAAAAACCCAAAGCAACAGUACCUUCAAUCUAUGAUUCACAUUCAAGAUUACAUGGGAUGUUAAUGGGUCUUGAUCGAUCUUGUAGCAUAUUUAUUACAUGGGAUCAUAUUUGGUACAUACAACAUCCAAGAUUGCAGCGCUUGCAAAAUCAGGGAGAGUUACACAUGCCCGGAAACUGUUCGAUGAAAUGCCCCACAGAGACACAGUUGUUUGGAACACAAUGCUCACUUGUUAUACCCAUCUAGAUCUUUACCAAGAUGCUCUGUUACUGUUUCACGAAAUGACAGGAGUUAGCAACACCAAACCUGAUCAUUACUCAUUUACCGCAACUUUAAGUGCGUGCGCAGGCUCGUGUAAGCUCCGUUAUGGACAAAGUAUCCAUGCUUUGGUUGUUUCUGCGGGUUACUGCUCUUCAGUUCCGGUGAAUAAUGCACUGAUUGAUAUGUAUGCCAAGUGUUUCAGCCCUUGUAGUGCUCAUAAAGUGUUUGAAGAGAUUGAGUUCAGAAACCACGUCUCGUGGUGUUCGUUGUUGUUUGCGUAUGUUCACACUAAUGAGUUUCAGGUUGCGCAAACGGUUUUUGAUUCCAUGCCAAAUAAGGUGAACAUUGCGUGGAAUACUAUGAUUGCCGGUCAUGCUCGACAUGGUAACGUUGAUACUUGUGUUGAUUUGUUCAAGAAGAUGAUGGCAGAAUCGUGUGACCAAGAUCAGUGGACGUACAGUGCACUCAUGAACGCUUCUGCUGAAUCACAACAAUAUUGUGUCGGUUGCAUGGUUCACGCUUGCAUUGUUAAGAACGGCUGGAGUUCUGCAGUUGAGGCUAGCAACUCGAUUCUAAGCUUCUAUGCACAAAUCGGUAGUCCUGCUGAUGCAGUGAAGAUGUUUGAGUCGAUGAAGACGCUAACCCAAGUUUCUUGGAAUGCGAUAAUCGAUGCUCAAAUGAAAAUCGGAGAUACCCACAAAGCAGUUAUCGCGUUUCAGCAAGCCCCUGAAAAGAAUGUUGUUUCAUGGACUUCAAUGAUGACAGGCUAUGUUAGAAAUGGAAAUGCUGAGGAAGCAGUAGGUUAUUUUGUAAAUAUGUCAAAAAGCAGCCUCCGGCCGGAUGAUUUUUCACUUGGAACAGUUUUACAUGCGUGUUCGGUCAUGGCAACACUAGGGCAUGGUAAGAUGAUCCACAGUCUUGCAAUAGUCCACGGUUUUCAUGGUUAUGCUUAUGUAGGAAACGGGUUGGUUAACAUGUACGCAAAAUGUGGAGACGUUCGCGGUUCAAAGCAAGCGUUCGAUGACAUUAGUGAGAAAGAUUUGGUUUCAUGGAACACGAUGUUGAUUGCCUACGGUCUUCAUGGUUGGGGCGAAAAAGCCCUAAAGAUUUAUGAAGAAAUGUUAGCGUCGGGUUUGAAAGCGGAUAAAGUGACCUUUAUAAGCCUGCUAAUGACUUGUAGCCAUUUAGGGCUUAUCGACAAAGGCUGGACGCUUUUCAAAUCAAUGAGUCGGGUUCACGGGAUUGUUCCGGAAACAGACCAUGUGGCAUGCGUGGUGGAUAUGCUUGCUCGAGGAGGGUACUUGGAAGAAGCGCGGGAGAUGGCUAAUAGAUAUAGGACACAUGGCAUGAUUGGGCGGUCGAGUGAAGCUGUUUUUGGAGCGUGUUAUGCACAUGGUGACGUAUUGAUGGGGACCGAGUUGGUGGGUGAGUUGAGUAUGUUGGAACCUGAAUGUGAAAUGAGUUAUGUGGUUCUUUCAAAUUUGUAUUGUGCGAGUGAAAAGUGGAAAGAAGCGGAGUUGGUUAGAAAACAGAUGGCUGAUUAUGGGGUGAAGAAGACGCCUGGUUGUAGCUGGAUCGAAGUUAAAAACAAGGUGUCGGCUUUUGUUGCUGGUAGUAGUCUAUGUGAAUACAAGGAAGAAAUCUCUUCUAUUAUAUACUUGCUUGAAUACCAAUUGAAGAAUCCAUGAUCACAGCGCUACAGACUUUUAGGUCCCAAAAGCGAGCUGCGUCUCUACAUAUCGACCUUUUUAUCGUUAAGCCAUUGAACCGUCAUCCGCCAGCCCAACAGAUGUUCUUAAUAGAUUAAGAGCUGUAAACGUUGAAAGAGAUGCUGUUGCAUCUACAAUCGAAGAAGACGUGAAAAACAUUUCAAGAACCGAAGAACGAGCACACAAUAACAAUGAUGAAAGUGAACCGUCAGAUGGAAAAGAAAGCAUUCUGCAGGCUUCUAAUGACUUAACUCUUCAACAUGCUCUAGCAACCGACCGAUUGGAAAGCCUAAAGAGGACAAAGGCUCAACUCGAGAAACAAGUUGCAAGUCACGGAAAUGGAUCGAAAGUUGGUAAACAGGAAAGCAUCUUGAAGUAUCUUGUUAAAGAAGAACCAAAUCACAAGCGGAAGCAGAAAGAAGUUCCAAAAACAGGUAAGAAAUCGAAGCGACAUAAAACAGUAGCCUUUAGUGACGAUGGUGAUUUCGAUGCUGUUUUAAACGCAGCCUCUGCUGGAUUCGUUGAAACAGAAAGAGAUGAGUUGGUUAGGAAAGGAAUUCUAACUCCGUUUCAUAACCUAAAGGAUAUGAACGUCGCAUUGAGGAAGCGGGCCCAUCUAAUGCAACUGAAGAAGUCAAUAAAGUCAAUGAUUUUUCUUCUGCUAAGUUAAUAUCGGAGGCUGCAAAAGCUCGUCCUACAACAAAGCUGUUAGAUCCAGAUUCCUAACCAAGACUUGAAGCACCAACACGUCCUUUAUAAAGACUUAGAACCCACCGCAGUCUUAGAAAACGACGACGGAGAAAAAUCUAAAGAUUCAAAUAGGAAAAAAAGACGACCUUUUCCUGAGAAGAGAUGGAUGAAACAAGCAUCUCGUGAGCAGAAUCUUUCUGAAGAAACUGCGCGCAUCGCGCAUCAGAUUUUUGGACCAAACCAUCAGAGCGCAUCGCGCAAUUUAAAAACAAGACAGUAACUGCUCAGUCCCAUUUGGACUUACACUUCAUGUAGCGUUUUCUAAUUACCGUUUUAACCCAAAUUGCAAAGAUUGUCAAUGGGUCGAAUUUGCACGUUUUUCGUCGGAUGAUAAGUUCUGCAAGGCAAAGGGUUUUGUUGAAGAAGCGUUUCGGCUUACUACCAACCCAAAACCCGGCUCCUAAAUACUGAACCGUUUGCCUGUUGCCUAGUUUGUGUGUUUUGGUAUGGGUGGUUGAUACCAAAUGGUUAGUUGGCUGAAAAAAAGUACCCUUAAAUGAGACAAUAGAAUUAAAUAUUUUUGAAGUUCUGGUUCAACCACCGGUUGCUAGUGUAACAUGUUGGGGUCAUAUCCCGCCAACUUAAACGAAUAGUUCCAACCACUGGUCUCGUCAAGUUAUGUGAUCGUCUAGUCCGUCCUCUAGUUAUGAGAAAAGUGGUUACAAGUCAUCGCUUGUAUAGAAUUAUGUAUUGAACUAGUUGGAUGUACGCGGGGUGCUAAGCCGAAUAUUUCUUAGUUUCAUAACAUGUAUACAUGUAUUUUAGUUACUUGUAUAUACUAUUUAUAACACGAUCUCAA